AUGGUGUCGACGGAAUUGAACAGCCACUCGCUGGUUCUAGAGUUUUCCGAGGAUGAUAGCGACUUCAGCACAGAUUCCAGGCUAGAGGACGGCGUCAGCGACGUGACCGAUGAACAUGAGAUGGCAUAUUACGAGAGGGCUGUUGUGGAAAUUGCCCGCGGUGAUAAGUACAUUUGUAUGAUUUGCACUGUGGAGAUGGAUUACAGUUGCAAAAUGUAUGCGUGUGAGGGCUGUUACCGAGUUUUCGACUUCGAGUGUAUUCGAGAGUGGGCGUUGAAGUCUACAAAGAAGACGGCUGAGAGGAUAUGGAAGUGUCCCAAUUGCUACCGAGUGAAUAGCAGGGUGCCGCCUAGCGGCAGACCGACCUGCUGGUGUGGAAAAGUGGUGAAUCCGGAGCCAAAUCCGCUGGAUCCAAAUUCGUGUGGUCAGACGUGUGACGCCCCGAUAUGCCCCCACGGCUGCUCCAAGCAGUGCCAUUUGGGACCUCACCCGCAAUGCGAGCGAACGUCGACUAUCAGAUGCCGAUGUGGGAAGCAUUCGAAGGAGGUUUUCUGCUAUGACUUGAGUUCUAUGAAGGGCAGACACAAGUUCGAAUGCCGGGAAACAUGCGGUCUCCCGUUGGCUUGCGGAAUUCAUACUUGUGAGAAACUAUGUCAUUCAGGUCUGUGCGGACCGUGUCCUGCAAAGCUAUACAGUAAGGAUGAAGAGCAUAGGAUUAGAUGCUACUGUGGAUUAGAAUCCAAAGAUUCGAUCGAAUGUAAAAACGUCAAGGUCGCCGGAGAGCUUUCUAAGAACAAAGCUGGAGACUCGUGGAUAGGUGCGUUUUCGUGCAGCCGCAAACGGAAACUCGAGUAUCGCUGCCAUAAGCACUCGUUUGUGCAGGCUUGCGUUCCAUCGCCUUCUAUUUCUGGCACACUGCCGUGUCCGUAUUCGCCUAAACUGCUCAAGACGUGUCCUUGUGGUCGGACGCCAUUAAAAGACCUGGGAAGCCCCAGGAAAGCUUGCACUUCUCCCAUACCGAACUGUGAUUCCAUCUGCGGUAAGAAAUUGGCUUGUGGUAAGCAUACAUGUCCCUUCAGAUGUCACGACGGACCAUGUAUGGAUCCGUGCUCUCAAAUUGAGGUCAGGCGCUGUGCAUGUCAUCAAAGGCUCUUCUCAGUGUCUUGCCAGUUCCAAGGUGAGCCUCGAUGCAAUAUCAAAUGUGAGUCUCUCAUGUCUUGCCGUCGUCAUAGAUGUACAGAAAGAUGCUGCUCUGGUCGUCCUGACGCCGAAAGAAGACGAAAGAUCGCCUAUAGCUCGCGGGAGCUGCUGGAUGAGUCUUUGGUUGAGUCUCAGCACAUCUGCCUCAAGGAAUGCAAUUUGACUCUAUCAUGUGGCAUUCAUAAGUGUCAAAUGAAAUGCCAUCCAGGCAAGUGUCCACCCUGUUUGGAGAGUGAUUCAAAUGAUAUGGUUUGCCCAUGUGGAAAGACCGUCGUCGAAGCGCCAGUACGUUGCGGUACCAAAUUACCGCCCUGCAGAUAUCCUUGUAUCCGAGUGGUCGAAGGAGUGUCUUCCUGUGCACAUAGGCCAACGCCUCAUGCGUGUCAUUCACUGGCUGAACCCUGCCCUCCAUGCACUGCUAUCGUGUUCAAACCGUGUAAGUGUGGUAAGAGGACAAAGGUGAGAACUCUUUGCUUCCAGAACGACGUAUCCUGUGGAACAACCUGCAAUAAACAAUUGGAAAACUGUCCUCACCUGUGUCAGAAGAGCUGUCAUUUACCAGGUGAAUGCCAAAAGAGCUGUAAGCAAAUUUGCAAUAGACAACGUACUCAUUGCCAGCACAAGUGUCCUCUACGUUGCCAUGGUAACAGCGAAUGCCCCGAUUUACCUUGUACUGUCGUCGUACCUGUGACGUGUCAAUGUGGGUUGACCGAGUCCUUUGUCACCUGUGGAGCCAAUUCUGAAGCCGUCAGCAGUCAGGCUACUGCAGUUCUUCCUUGUACCGAAGAGUGCGAGAUUCAUAAAAGGCAUCUGCAAUUGAAAGAGGCGUUUGGCAUAAGCGAUUGUAGUGAUCCUGUAUCUCGAGCUAGGACAGAAUCCUGUGAGAGCCUUGCUCUGACUGCAACAACUUUUGAACAGCUGGAACUACCUUACAGUGAACAAGCCUUGGGAACUUUCGCAAGACAACAGGCAUGGUGUGCCCAAAUUGAGGAGACAUUGAAUAAGUUUAUGAAUGACGAUGAGAAGACUUCCUUACAUUUCAAACCAAUGAAGCCAGCACAAAGGCUAUUUGUCCGGCAUUUGGCCAAAUCUUAUAACCUUUACUCAGAAUCGCAGGAUCCUGAGCCUAAAAGGUCGGUAUUUAUCAAGAAACUGGACAACGGCAGCUCGAUUAUUCCCAAGAUUCGCUUAGCUGAUUCUCUAGUGAUAUACCAAUCUUUCAAACAGAUGGAAAAGGAGAAGAAAGCGCAAAGAAUGGAGUCGCAAACGACCACGAGGCUCAUCAACUUUCCAUCAGUAGAGGAAGCAAAGCUCAAGCGUGCCGAGAAUAAUGCGUUCAUGUUAACGAACCUCUCUGCAGGCACAGCUGAAGAGGAUCUAGUGCGCCUCUUUGCGGAGCACCUAAAGCCCACUCUUGUCAAGAAUCCACUGUUCAAGGUGGUGAAAUCGAGAAAGACUGCGUACAUCUACCCCGAGGAUUACACUGACAUCAGCGCCAAUGUGGAACGCGAUCUAGAAGCUCUGGUAGGCCAUUUCGAUUAUAUCUGUAAAGAGUGCUUCAUCGGCGACGGCGUUGAGCUUUGCCACAUUGAUGUGAGCACCUUUGAAGAACCUGCCGAGUGA